CUCAAAUACUGGCUGAACCGACCUUCUUGUCCUCCCGUGUUUAGGGAGGUGAAGUCUCUAUUUGACAGACUUGUGUCUCCCUCAAUCGACGCAAAUCCUAUUUCUUUCGGCGGGCAGUCUUGCAUGCUCGCACACUUCACCGUUUAUACCCGUGACUCCACCCAUGUGGGCAACAGCCUGGUCCUCUAUUACCCUGGUGGUAUCAAGAAUGUGCAACCGACACCGGGAAUCAUCAAGUACAUUUUUGAGACGAAGGGAGUAGUGGGCUUCGCCGUGCAACGUCACCUCCCUCAAUACUCUCGCCCUGACCCUUUCCGCCACUAUCCUCACUUCCCAGCUCGUUUAUAUUCCUCAGCGCUUGCGGACCAUCUCGAAACUGUCAUGCCUGACUGGGUAGUGUCGCAUUUCGCGCGAUGGAACUUCUCUACACAGCACAUUGUUGCCGUGUCUUUGUGUCAGGUGCGUUCCUCCCGCUGUUUCCACAUGUUAUAA